CAGUAAAGAGAAUGUAAUGGCGGAUGACACAAGGCAUUUCACGGAUAUCAAAGAUAUUCGGCCCGGCAUAAAAAACUUAAACUGUUUAUUCAUAGUUUUGGAAGUUGGUAAGCUUCCCCUAUCCUUUCACUCGCUCCCUGUUUUUUCGGAUGACAAAUUCACGGUCAAUUAUCCGGCUGUUUCUUUUAGGCAAAGGCACCAAAACUAAAGAUGACCAUGUUGUUCGGGCAUGUCGAGUGGCCGACAAAACCGGUUCUAUUACGGUGUCUGUUUGGGAUGAAGUCGGAGAAAUCCUUCAACCAGGAGAUAUCAUUAAGUUUGUUCGAGGGUAAGGACGGAUACUUUCCUCGUCUUUUUUGAGGCUACGUUUUUGAUCGCGGAAUGUCUUGAAAUUCCUUGAGGUUUCAAAUUUCCUUGUCGCAUUUUUUUAAGUAGAAUUCCGGGGGGAGGUGUUCGCGCUGCCCGGGCCAUCACUUGGAAAGAGAACCGAGACAAUCCCGGUGGAGAAAUUCGAGCUGAAAAGCUUGUAUGCACUCCAAACCGUUCACUAAAAAUCCAAGACACAUCUCAAUCAAAAACGUUCUGAGAAGUAAAUUUGUAGUGGUUGGAAUUCUUUUAGGGGAGGGGAGGGUUGCUAGAAGUUAGGCUUUAUGGUCCGUUUCUUGGUAGAUUGUGGUGCUCUUUGCACCGAAUUUGCAGUCCCUUUUGUAUGCAUGAACUGCAAAUUCAAGGUUUUGAUAUUUACAUGACAGUGGUUUGUAUCAGGAGAGUUUGCCAAAAUUUCUUCUGGUUCUGGGGGAGGGGAAAGGGGGGUUUUCAUUGAUCUCAUCUCAGGCUUCUUCUCUCUUCCUUUAAUUUAUAAGCCUGAAGCAGUUGAUGAGAACCUAAGUGCCUCUACAUUAUUGUAGUCACCAAAUAAGGGAAGAAAUGAGUUCACUUACCGCAGCAUCCUUUUUCGUAUCUUUACCUGUACAAGUAUUUCAUAGCCUGUAUUAAGCUACCAUUUGGCCAUUAUUUACCCCGAUGAUGACCGCUAUCUAUCUGGGAAUACUGUUUCUCAGACCCAUUCUGGUCUGAUCCAGAUUUUUUGGAUGUCUCCUUCCAAUCGUGGUCAAUAGUUUUUUUAUAAACUACUUUUUUAUAAUAUGACUAGCAUUCAACAAGGCCAGAGUCGCCAUGGCCAGACAAUAAAGGCCGUCUUUGUCUUUAGAGUUUUCAACUGUAUCCAACAAUGAUUUUUAAUUCAAAAGCAGUUUUUGUUGUAGUGGCCUUUGAAUGUCACUGUUAUGCCAAACUUUUCCCUGCUAAACAUAAUUUUGAUUAUCUCUAUUUUCUUUAGACUGAAAAGUUCUUUCCACGAUAACUGUUGCAUGUGUGUAAAACAUCCACUGUUCAAUGUUACAGAUCACAUGUAACAAUUUUUUUUUAUACUCUUUCAGGUACUCUCAGUUAUGGAAAGGAAGCCUGACUCUUUACACUGGACGAGUGGGACAUAUGGAAAAAGUUGGAGAGUAAGUGUCAUAGUUAUUGAUAUGUUAAUGCAGUAAACAGAAAAAAUGAAUAAUUAACAAUAAACUUGAUAGAGAGGUUUAUUAUUAUUUUGUAAAAGGUCAUAUUGACCACACCUUCUCUAAUUGUUUUUACCCAAAUUUAAUUAUUUAUUUAUUGUUGUUUAAAUGAUUUAGUUGUUUUAAAAUUUUUUUGAAACUCAUUUCUAGCUUUUGUAUGGUGUUUUGCGAAUUGCCAAAUAUGAGUGAUCCCAAUGCAGAAUUUCUUCAACAAUAUAAACAGGUAAUAAUUACAGUAAUAAUCAUAACCAUGACAAAAUUCUUAAAUCUGAUUGUCUAUCAACUUUCCUGAUUUCAGUACUUAUAGGACAGUGUAAUAGGACAGUAAUAAUGCGUCAUGCCUGUAAUUGGACAGUACAUGUCAUUGCAUGCAUGCACACGCAUAAAUGGCUUUUUUUUCACUGCUAGCAAAAAAAUUUCCAGCCAUUUCUAAGGGCUUAAAUUUAAAACUUUUACAGGGGAGCAUGCCCCCGGACCCCCCUAGUUUACUCAUGCCGACGUAUUUGAAGUGCGCAACUCAGUCUCAGACAGCUAAAGCUCCCCCCCCUUAGAAGCUUGUCCCUUCGGUCUCAUUUGGUCCGUCUCCUCCUUGAUCACACCUACCCGUGAAAAAACUUGUCUACCGGGCUGAACCCCUUUAUAUAUUAAAUAGCUCUGAAGAAAUUAAACUAGUUCUUAAUUGUUUACAUUUUGUGCUACCUGAAUUUCUUUUGCAGAAUCUUCAACAAAAUGAAAUAAGAAACUCGCCAAAUUCAUCUACAACACCGUCAACAACAGCAUCGUUAAUGCAGAGGAAUCAAAAUCACACCCUGGACCAUUUACCAGCAAUGAGCAACUCAAAUAACCAUCAUGUGACCAAUUCCAUGUCUCAUAGAUUUCACCCUUACAGUAGACCAGAUGGAACAAACUCUCAAGCAAAUGUAACAUCCAAGGUUGAUGCUUCACGUGAUCCAAGGUUAAAAAUGCGCGGCAGCAAUGGUAUUGGAAAUAACAAUGGGAAUAAUGCUGGAUUUGUCUUAGCAUCAUCACAUAACAGUAAUGGAACUCAUAAUACUGAACUUCCAGCGCGUAAUGUUAUAAACAGUAGUCGUGAUCCUCGGACUCGUAGAUAGUAUACUAGAUAGACUUUGUAUUUUUUUUUUUGUACAGCAUUAGGGUAGCAAAUUAAAUAAAGUUAAAAGAUGUUUGUUGAGCUAUAAAACACCUAAGGAU